AUGGCCGCCGCCGUGCCGUUGCCGGUGAUGCUCCUCGUCGGUGCCAUGGCCGUGGCCGUUAUGCUCGUCGGUGCCGGCGCAGGCGCGGCCGGCGUGCGCGGCGGGCGGCGGCAGCAGCCGCAGCAGCUGAGGAUGGGGUUCUACGCCAAGAGCUGCCCGGCGGCGGAGCGGAUCGUGGGCGACUACGUCCGGCUGCACGUCCGGCGCGUGCCCACCGUCGCGCCCGCGCUGCUCCGGACGCACUACCACGACUGCUUCGUCAGGGGCUGCGACGGCUCCAUCCUGCUCAACUCCACCGCCGCCGGCGCGGCGGAGAAGGACGCUCCGCCGAACCUGACGCUGCGGGGGUUCGACCUCAUCGACCGCGUCAAGGGCCUCGUCGAGGAGGCCUGCCCCGGCGUCGUCUCCUGCGCCGACGUCCUCGCGCUCGCCGCCCGGGACGCCGUCGCCGCCAUUGGCGGGCCGUCGUGGCGCGUGCCGACGGGGAGGAGGGACGGCACGGUGUCGACCAUGCAGGAGGCGGUCCGCGAGCUGCCGUCGCCGUCCAUGACCUUCCCGCAGCUCGUCGCCCUCUUCGCCGGCAAGGGCCUCGACGUGCGCGACCUCGUCUGGCUGUCAGGUGCGCACACCAUCGGCAUCGCCCACUGCUCGUCCUUCGCCGACCGCCUCUACAGCUACCCCACCGCCGGCAACGGCACCGGGGCCGUCCCGCCCCUCGACGCCGCCUACGCGGCCAACCUGCGGCAGCGCAAGUGCAGGAUGGGCGGCCGCGACGCCGCCGUGGAGAUGGACCCCGGCAGCUUCCUGACGUUCGACCUCGGCUACUACCACACUGUGCUCAAGCACAGGGCCCUGUUCCGGUCCGACGCCGCGCUGGUCACCGACCCCGCGGCGCGGGCCGACAUCGCCGGCGUCGUGUCAAGCCCGCCGGAGGUGUUCUUCCAGGUGUUCGCGCGGUCCAUGGCGAGGCUGGGCGCCGUGCAGGUCAAGACCGGCUCUCAGGGGGAGAUCAGGAAGCACUGCGCCGUCGUCAACAGCUAG